AGGCAACUGCGCAUGUCUGAGGGUGGGGAUGAGGCUGACCAGGUGACACUCUACGGGGGCGGGGCUUCGGCGACUCCUGGAGGUUGCCAGUGAGCUCUGCUGUCUGCGGGGAUGGCGGGGAGGGGUAAGCUAAUCGCGGUGAUCGGAGACGAGGACACGGUGACUGGCUUCCUGCUGGGCGGCAUAGGGGAGCUUAACAAGAACCGCCAUCCCAAUUUCCUGGUGGUGGAGAAGGAUACAACCAUCAAUGAAAUCGAAGACACUUUCCGGCAAUUUCUAAACCGAGACGACAUCGGCAUCAUCCUGAUCAACCAGUACAUCGCGGAGAUGGUGCGGCACGCCCUGGACGCCCACCAACGCUCCAUUCCGGCUGUCCUGGAGAUCCCGUCCAAGGAGCACCCCUAUGACGCCGCCAAGGACUCCAUCCUGCGCAGGGCCAGGGGCAUGUUCACUGCCGAAGACCUGCGCUAAGGGACUCCCCAGGCUCUUCAGCCCCUCCCUGGUUUCCAGGCCUGUCCCUGGACUGGCCUUCAGCUCUACUUUUAAGUUUUAAGCCUCUGGUUUUCAAUCCCCUGCUCCUUCCCACUUCAGGG